AUGUCAAGGAUCAUACAGUGCCCGUCUCCGAUUGAUAGAUUGUACAGUUUACCGGAGUUGGCCAUUGUCAAUAUCCUUUCCCGUCUCCCAACAAAAGAUGUUGUUAAAACAAGCGUGCUAUCCAAACGAUGGAAAUCUGUGUGGACUAAUGUUCCCACUUUUGAUUUUGAGUUGCCGGGCCCCCGAGAAGGAGGUAGCGAUAGGAUGGCUUCUGUGCAUGUUAAGGAUCUUGAGCUUAAGAUCGGAUUUAGUUUUAUUUGUGAUGUUCCUGCCGAGCUUUUCACUUCUGGUACACUGGAAUCGCUCUAUUUAAGUGGCCCUUUUGUUCUUAAGGUCUCAGGCAGGGAAGUUUGUCUCCCUAAACUAAAUACCUUGGAACUUUUUGGAGUCAUAUAUGAAUCGGGUGAGUCUUUGCACAGACUCGUAUCUUGUUGUCCUGUGCUAAUCAAUCUAUCAUUACAUUGUUUCCGUGACGACAACAUAACUGUUUACAAGAUCUCUUCCCUUUCAUUGAGAAGUCUCUCUGUCUUUUGCACCAAUUGCUGGCCUGAUUUGGAAAUUGAUGCGCCUGCUCUUGAAAUCUCUUUGAAAUCGACAUAUCCUAAGGCGGACAAAGCGAUACUUUGUUACACGAAAGAUGGUAAGAGCGGAUUUUGCAAUUUGGUUGAGAGUGUAGUUCAAUUGCAUAACCAGGCGAAGUUUCUGCCGUCUAAGGGAACAGCGGGGGUUGCACUGACCUAUGCAAUUGACCGCCUAGUCAAAUCGCUAUAUUGGUUUGAGAACUUAAGGGACUUGGAGAUCCAACUUCACUGUUGCAAAUGGAGCUGCCUUAGUGUCUUGCUUGAACAGUCGAUUGUGUUACAAGUCCUCAAAAUUUCAAUGGACGGUGAGUGUGAUGAAGACACUCACAAGUUAAAUUGGAGGGAUCCCAGCCAUGUUCCUCGGUGCUUGUCAUCCACUCUAACAAAAUUUUCAUUCCAGGGAUUGGUAGGCCGACAAGAUGAAGUUGCAAUGAUUAGGUAUAUCCUAAAGCACGGCGCAGUUUUGAAAAGCGUUGAACUAGUAUCUCAGCCUCCUGCUAUGACUAUGACGUCGACUACUGAUUUGGAGUUCAAGUUUCAGAUGCUUCAAAAGAUAUCAAUGUUUGCAAGAGGUUCUCAUGACCGUGGAAUGAGUUUUACCUUAAGAUGA